AUGGUUGGUAUCUCAGAAGAAAAGAGGGUAGGCUUGAAAGCACCAAAGGUGCAUUGGAUGGAAUUGAAGAGUUUUGAGAAGCGCUAUGGCACACCCAAACCUGAGAGCCUGAAGACCCAAACCAUCGACGGACGAUCUGUCACUGGCGUAGAUUAUGUCUUGCCCGAGGACGAGGGUGUCUAUCAGUACAUCAAUGAAGAGAGCACAGCCGUCAAGAGGUACACACAGCUCAGUUCCGAUGUUGUCCUGUCUGCUACUCAGAAUGAUGAAAUUCAUUCCGGUGCUUUGAAGACCAUUCAAGCCUCGAAGUUUACUCAUGACUCGGACAAAGCCGUGACCUUGCAUGGCACAUCGUCAUCAUCAUCAGGGGCACGCCUGUCGGCAGCUGAUGCACUUGACACUGCUGAUCAACAGAUGGAGGGAGACGAGAUGAGUUCUGAUGAUGAGGAUGAUGAAUGUGCUGUGUUAGACCCACAGCCCUUAGCUGGUUUGUUUAGCAGGCUGGCGAAAGGUGACAAAAAACGUGCAGCCGUGAGCAGUGAUGGGCCAGCAAAGCGUCCCAAAACAGCUGUUGGCAAUGUCCCCACUAGUGCUGUCACGGCUGGUGUUCCCAACCCAAAAGCAAAGGCAAAGGCCAAAGGUAAAUCCACUCGAAACCGGUCGGGAGAAGCUGAUGGUGGAAAUGGAAAUGCACCGGGUGAAUUGGAUGACUUGCUUGAGGUUGAGCCCAAAGGCGAUUUUGCUUCAGAGGAUGCUGCUCUUUUGAGCUCAUAUGUCGCUCAAACGAAGGAUCUGAUGAAGCUUGAUGUUAGCAAAUCGGAUGACCAGACAUUCACCCCUUGGUUCAAAGACCGCACAGCGAAGCUGAAUGAACUCAAAGGCGGAAUCAACACCAAAAAAAAGUCAUUGGGUCGCCGCAAAGGUGAUAGUUCCAGCAUUGUCAACUCGUUGGAUGAAAUCAUCAAACGUCUCAAUGACGUACUUGGCUUUGUCAAGCGUCUUCAGAACGUUACCACUGAGGGGAGAAAGCUUUACGAUGACCUGGUCGACGGCUUUGACAAAGAUAGUGCCUAUGACCCAAGUACUGCGACGUGGGAACGGUGCAUUCGCGCAAUGGCUUUGGAGGACCUGAAAACUGCAAAGUUUACUGGCUUCUUCAGUGAUACCAGAAAGGCUUGUGAUCUUCAUUUGGGUGAUGGCGCCAACAAGUUCUUUGACCUGCUUGCUAGCCAGAUUGUGCAACGGUUGCUCAAAUCAGCUGUCACUGGCAAGGGAGGCCAGGUGAACACACAGUUCAUCACAUCAUUCAUUGCAGAGCUGUCCAAGUCCACUCCUGAGACACAUGAGCAGUACCACAUUGUUGAUUCCGUUCGUCUUGUGCUUGACACCACAUCGCCACCAGAAAAGGUGACAGAAGCUAGUCAAGCCAUUGUGCAGUCAACAGAUUGGCUUGCAGCGGCCUUCAACCUAGAGAAUGGGCAAAAAGUCUUGAAGGCUGCUUGUGAUCACGCAGAGCGACGUUCCACACAGAAUGCGGUCUUGGUUUCUGUUGACAAAGCCGCGACUGACCUGACGGAGAUUAGCAACGCUGUUGAGACGGAUGGCAAGUGUGACGCUGAGUUUGGCAAGAGGAUUGCGAAAGCUCAUUCUGUGGCAACUGGAAAAGAGGUUAAGCAGCUGAAAGGCGGGGACAAGACCAAGGUGACCAAUCUUCAGGUAGCCGCGGAGAAGGGCGUCUUGGACGUGGUUCGCUUGACGGUGAAGAAUGAAGUCGUGCCAUUCCUGGACAUGAUGAAACGGGAGGUUGAAAGCGGGGCCAAUUUUGUUCAAGUUCAAAAUGCUGCGCUGCUUGGAGAGAGCGCAUGCAUUCUUCAAGUCCAAAACACCGUGCAUGUCACCGUGGUCAAAAGUUUGAUCGAGGCAUGCAAUGCUAUGCAGAAGUUGGCCCACAGUUUUGCUACAUCAGGAUCGUUCACGGCUGAAGAGUCUCAAACGUCAUUGCAGAAGUGGUUUGAUCUCAGCAAGUCACUGCUCAAAUUGUUCAUGGAGGAUACUGAAGAGUUCCAGACAUUGGACCCUGCCAUCAGAUCCUGUUCCGGUGCAUUGAGUGAAUAUUUUGGGUCCAACGUCCAUCAGACAGCAUUUGCUCACUUGAAAGAUUGUUUGAUCUUCGCAAGCAAUUUCAUAGCAAAUGAAAGCCAAGAGGGGCUGGACUUUGAGAAAUUCCAUACAGACUUGGACCAAUGCCGACGUAUGACCAGUGUGAUGGGUGAGAAUGGGAAAUCCAUUCGUCAAGGUCUUGCAAUGCUUGACAAUGUGGUCACUGUUGGUGUUGCUCUCGGCAAGGUUGCGAAACCAUCAGCAGAUGACGACCAGUCCUUGUUCAUCCGGGACCCCGAAACCGUCUUGAAUGCCAUGUCUGCAGCCAUGACGGCAUUCUCUGGUGACAACAGGAAUGCUGUCAUAUCGUCUUUUGCAAGCAUGUUGACUAUGACCAAGUCAAAAUUAUCUCGGAUGGAAGAGUUGAAGGAUCUGGACUUUGAGAAGAUGGAAGCCGACUUGACGUCAUAUUUGGACAGCAAGGUUUCCCUGGUACAAGACGAGAUCAGCCUUAUUGGGGAGAAGUUGGGCAAGGCUUUUGAAGUUGUGACCAGCGGAGGAAUCGACUGCAGCCUCCCAGAUGUAAUUGUCAAUAUCGCUGACAUGCAGGCUAUCCAGACAGAGGAAAUGACUGAGUGCAUGGAGAUGACUUUUGCAGAUCACCGUACGAAGGCAGUGCUUGAGGGUGCUUGUCAGCUGGAGAAGAUUGAGGACUGUGUCAGCCAAGUCAAGACUGCAAGCGGAAUUGUGAAGGAUGAGGAGAUCUUUGACCAAUUUGGCAAGUGUGUUGCUCUUCGACGUGAUUUCUUGACAUAUCUGUCAACGGCCAGCCUACUCACUUUGCUUCGAACAAAGGCAGUGAAGCGAGCUGCUACGCAGCAUGGCGCGUUGCAGAAGAAAGUUCGGGAUCAGUUUGCUGAGACAAUGGCCGUUGCGAAACAAUUUACCUUGGAGAUCCCUGCUGGAUUGCAAGCUUUGUGCACCAAGCUCAUGGGCAAUGCAGAUGAGGCGAAGUCCAAGUGAAAGUGAAACAGUGUCUGCGUCAUGUACCUGGGGUGAUCUGGGGUUUACACCUUGACUGAUGCAAGACCAGUUCGGGUGUGCCAAAGAUUGGUGACUGGUGGAGUCGGAACUGAUUAGUUCCAUGAAUUCGAUUCCGAAUUUACCAAUCCAAUCCAAUCCAUCAAACUUAAUUCAGCAGUGUAACAGCCACUGCAUGACAUGCACAGAAAGAGGGCUUUGUUCCUGUUGGCUGUGAUUUGCAUCACAGCCUUUGCCCGAAUAUGAUCUGCAUGUUAGAUAGAUAGGUGAGUCGAGACAUGAGUACCAUAGAACAAAGACAAGAUAGAGAUGAACAGCAAAAAGAUUUGAAAAAA